AUGGCGAUUCUCUUGACUCUCGUUUUCGCUGCCGUCGCCUACAUCGCCUUCAAGGUGCUGCACCAAAUCGUCUACUACCGCUUCCUGCAUCCUCUGGCCAAGUUCCCCGGCAACUUCUGGGGAAGUGUCACCCGCCUGUGGAUCACCUACCACAAUGUCAAGGAGGAUGAGUGCCAGACUUUCAGAGAGCUUCACAAGGAACAUGGACCGGUUAUCCGCAUCACCCCCACCAUGCUCCUCGUGAGCGACGCCACCAAGCUUCCCGAAAUCUACCACCGCAAUGCAAACAAGUCGCAGCACUACAUCACCGGCAGCUUCGGCAAGACCGAGUCGCUGUUCAACAUGCAAGAUCAAAAGCAGCACUCCUACUUCCGCAAGAUUGCCGCCCCGUUGUACAGCUUCACCAACAUCAAGAAGAUGGAGCCAUUGAUCGAUGCACGCAUGAAGGAAUGGGUGAGCAAGAUUGACCGAACCUUUGCCAGGACGGGCGACAAGUUCGACUUUGCGCCCUGGGCUGUCUACAUGGCGUACGACAUCAUAUCCGAGGUCGGCUUCGGCGCCCCCUUCGGCUUCAUCGAGCAAGGCAAGGAUGUCGAGGGCCUGAUCCAGGGUUUCCACGAUGGUCUUGUUCCGUUUGGUAUCAUGGCACGCUGCUAUCCCUUUACCAACUGGGUCAAGAGCACGUGGUUUGGCGACAAGUACCUGGUUGCACGCCCCGAGCACGACUCUGGCAUUGGCACGUUGAUGAGGUUCCGUGACAAGCUCAUUGCCCAGCGCUACAAGGACAUUGAGGCAGGAAACACUUCGGGCAGAGCCGAUUUGCUUCAGACGUUCAUUGAUGCUCGCGACGACGAGGGUGAGCCGCUGGACCUUGACUACAUCAAGGCCGAGAUUCUCCUGGUGCUUCUUGCCGGUGCGGACACGACCGGAACUGCCUUCCAAGCGAUGAUGGUGCACAUCAUGUCGAACCCGGAUGUGUACGACAAGCUCAUGCUUGAACUGGACUCUGUCACGCGCGCCGGUAAGCUGUCGGAGAUGCCUCAGUACAUGGAGGUUCUCGAGCACUGCCCGUACUAUGUUGCUUGCGUCAAGGAGAGCAUGCGUCUCAACCCGUCAGCACCGAACAUUUUCCCGCGUCUCGCGCCCAAGGGCGGAAUGGAGCUUUACGGCCAGUACGUCCCGGAGGGCACCGAACUGACCUGCAACCCGUGGCUCGUCCACCGCGACCCGAAGAUUUACGGCGAGGACGCGGACGUGUUCCGGCCGGAGCGGUGGCUGGAGAGCGAGGAAAAGGCGAAGGAGUUCAACAAGUACAACAUGGCUUUCGGAUACGGGGCGCGCGUCUGCCUGGGCCGGGAGAUUGCGAACAUGGAGCUGUUCAAGGCGCCUCUGCAGUUCUUCCGCACGUUUAAGCCGACCAUCCUCAAUCCCAAGGAGCCGGGCAAGUACCUCGUCAAGGGCGGAGUCAGUUAUUUCACCGACAUGUGGAUCACGAUUGACAGGAGGGCGCCGGCGGUGUAA